CCCUCUAUUUUUGCUGGAGACAUUUUCAAGAGGCUCUGUUGCAGCGCCUAACCAUGAGCUCCAUAAUCCAGACUUUCCAGAGGAACACUUCGCUUCCGGUCUCGCAUGUACAUUCCAGAUCUGAUCAGCCGCAACAGGGGGGCGGGCUACGGAGGAGGCUUUCAUCUCUCUCCCUCAAAAUGCAGCCAAUCUCUUCGCCGGCGACUUCCUGGGCAGCGUCGUUUCACAGAUCUAAGUCCCUCUCCUCCAUGGGAGAGUACGCCACUAGUUCGAUUCGGAAAUGGUGGGAAUGGGGCUGCUCUUGGAUCCUCUUCCGAAAGCCUGCCUUCGCUAGAGAUCUGGAGUUGAACGAGGAAGAAACCAGAGUUCUAGGUAGCCACAACAAAGGCAGCUGGAGACAUGUCUUCCACAAGGUGCGAUCCGAGAUGAGGAAACUCGUCCGAUCUGAUGAAGUCGGCCUCCCGCAAACUUACAGGUACGAUUCUCCGAAUUACUCCAAGAAUUUCGACGAUGGAAACAGAACUUAACGGCUGAUCAGAUUCAGUAAUCUUCAAUUCAUGUGUUAAUGGAAAGAAAGCUCAAGCUGCUAGUUUGUUGGAAUAAGCUUCGGAAAUUCAUCAGAUCUCAGAUAUAUAUACAUAUUCUUUCCUCGCUUUGCUUGUUGUAAUUUCUUGCUAGCUUUCUCUUGUUAAUGCCUACAAUUGAUUAUAUUGUUCUGUAAAAUGGGGGGUUUGUUUGGAUGGAGAGAAAAUCCGACUACUUUGUUAUUAUUGUGUAAUUAUUUCAUUUAUUUAUUUCUAUCGUAAGAAAUAUUUGAAUUUGAA